AUGUUAACCAAUCAUUUAAAUGAACUCAUUGAUAAUUUACUUAUAUUUCUCUUACAAUAUAAUUGGUUAUAUAAUUUUCAAUGGAUUGGUGAUUUAUGCAAAUUUCAAAAAGAUUCAUCACAUUCAAUAGUCGUUACAUCAAUUCUAGAUAAUUUACCAGAAUCAUGGAAAAUAGCAUUAGAAAAUGCAAAUCUUAAAGAAUUACAAAUGUUUGUCUCAGAUACUUCAAAUUUAUCUCAUUGGCCUAAUAGCUUGGUGAAUUUCUCAAUGAAAUGUCGUCAACUAACCAGGCUACUAUCACAAUAUAUUGCAUUUAAACCGAAUAAUCAUCGAUUUCCUGGAUGUUCAUUCAAUCCAGUAAGUAUGUGCACCGACUUGAUCACAUGUAUUGAAAUUGAUCAAUUGGAGAAGUGUUAUCUUUCAAAAAUGUCAAAAAAGAAAUCUUAUGAAAUUAAACAAAUUUCUACAUUGAUUCAAACAAUCCUAUUAUCAGCUGUGAAUGAUAAUCAUCAACUACUUGAUAGUAGUAGUAGUUCAUCAUCAAAUGAAAUAUUCAACUCAAAUGAAUUUCUAUUGAACAAUGAACAUAUUGUGAAUCAUUUUCAAAAUGUCCCCUUGAUCAGUAAAGAAUCAAUGCAUAAUAUUGUUGUGAAAGAUUGUAAAUCAGCUAUUCCAUUGAAAAUUGUUGAUAUCGGUGCUGGUUUAGGCUAUUUAUCAAAUUAUCUUGGUUAUCGUUUAAUAUUAACCACUGAUUGUGAUAAUCAUCCAUUGAUUACACCUCAAAUUAUAUCUAUUGAAUGUGAUUUAAGUUUACAUUCAAAAGCUUUAACAAAUUUAUCACAAUACAAUUCAAUGUUUCAAGUGAAAUCAUUGAGUUCAAUUGUGAAACGUAUAUUAUUUCAUGUUGAAUCAACUAAUUUACAAUUAUUACAAACAAGACUCCAACAAUUCAUUUCUAGUUCUAAUUAUCUAUUAAUUGGCUUACAUUGUUGUGGAGAUUUAAGUUUAUCAAUUAUUGAAUUAUUUCAACAAGAUUGUUUAGCACAAUGUCUAUUAAUAAUUGGAUGUUGUUAUCAUAAAAUUACCAUAGAAAAGUUCCCUACUAGUAAUUACUUACGUGAAGCUAUGCUAAAAUGUGAUAUAAACUUUAUUGAUAAAUGUAUUUCACCAGCUACACUACGUUUAGCCUGUCAACAUUCACCUUUAACAUGGUUCAAAUGGACAGAAAUCGAUGCUAGUAAACAUCGUAUACGUGUAUUGGCCCGGAUAAUUUUAGAUUUUAUAUUUAUCAAGUAUGACAACUUGUCUACAGCAUUUGAACGAUAUAAACGUCUUGAUCCAGUGAUACAUUGUGAUAUGAUAAAGAAAUUAUUAGCUACCAAAUAUCAUGACAAUGAUAAAAGUGAUCAGAAUUGGUCACUACAUUUUAAUGAUGUGUAUCCACAUAUAAUCAAUUACUGGCAAAAAUCCCUGGUAGAUAUUGUGCGAUCCGAUCGAAUCAUCAAUAACGAUCCUUGUUUCACGGAGUAUCGUGAUUACUUUGAACAGAUAUGGAAUUUAAUACCAGGACUAUUAGCUAUACAGCAAUUGUUUCAACCAUUACUGGAAACACUUGUACUGUUUGAUCGUUUAUGGUGUCUUAGAGAAUGUGGCAACGUGAAUGCAACUAGUGAUGUAGUGGAUCCUUAUCAAUAUUCUGGUUAUAUACGUAUUUUUGAUCCAGAUUUAUCACCACGUUGUAUGGCGUUGUUUGUUUGUAAAAACGCCGAAGUGUACAGACAUUUAUGAUGUCCUGAAAGAUUGCUUUUUUUAUAAUACAACAUUUUUG